UUAUGGUCCAUGAUUUUUUUUAAAAGUUUUUAACUUCAUUGCAUUAAUCGAGGAGACCAAGUUUAAUAAUCAGUGAUGACGCCAGAAUCGGAUCUUAUCGAUUCCCCUGGGGCUGCAAUUACCGAGAUUUGCAUUCUAUGGCCAUAGCCUUCUCUUUCUCUCCUCCUCUGGAUCUACACCGCCAUCGCCUUCUUCCACGCCACUUCCUACACCAUCGAACUUUUCCUACUCUUCCCAUUUCUUCAUACCCAUUUCCCCUUUUACUCAAAACUCAGAAUCACUCCUUCAGAACUUCAUCAGCUCCCCUUCAUUCCUCACCCACGACAUUGGACUCUUCGUUUCUCGAAGACCCACUUCGAACUGGUCGAUUUCUGACCAACGAUGAGUUCGAGAAGCUCAAGCUACUUGGGGAUUUUGGGUAUUUUCAGGAAUUGGAAUCUGGGUUCAUUUGGGUUCGGGUUAUGAGGGAUGAUGAACUUGAUGCCACGGUUGGGUUGCUCGCUGAAUCAUUUGCAGAGUCCAUGUUCUGGCCUUCUGGCUAUAUUUCUUUGUUGAGGUUUUUGGUUAAACAGUAUUUGAUUGAAAGAAGGGCUCUGAUGCCACACACAGCCACACUUAUUGGGUUUUAUAAAGGUAAGGAUGGAGACGAAGAUGAGGCUGAACAGUUGGCUGGGACAGUUGAGGUUUGCUUUGAUAAGAGAGGUGCCAAUGCAUCUCCCCCCACUCCCGCACCUCCCAAGGAUUCGCCUUACAUAUGCAAUAUGACAGUUAAAAAGGAGCUUCGGAGGAGGGCUAUUGGGUGGCAUCUUUUAAAGGCUGGUGAGGAAUUGAUAUCACAAAUGAGUACCUCAAGGGAGGUGUAUCUGCAUUGUAGAAUGAUCGACACAGCUCCUUUCAACAUGUAUACAAAAGCUGGCUACAGCGUUGUACAAACAGAUACCAUAAUAAUCUUGUUGAUGCUGCAGAGGCGCAAGCACUUGAUGUGCAAGAAGCUUCCUGCCAUGACCAUGAGCAAUCCUUCUGAAUCAGAUGUACCAUUUUCUCUUGAAGAAUGAAGUUGUGAAUGGUAUAGAAAACUUGCUGCACUUUCUGCUGAGGUAGAUAACAUCAUGGGCAUAUUAUUCCCCUGCCACUUCUACUAAUUUUUUCCCUUUCUCUUCUUUAAAGCCAAGGAUUGCUUGUAAAAUUACUCUGUACAUAUCUGUAGAUUAUAGACUAUAACUUCGAGGUCCUUUUUAAUCAACUUCUUUCUUGAUUAUCUUUUGUUCAAUAAAAUAAAGUUAUGGAAGUUGAUUCAGUCCUUACAAUAACUAUGUUUGGUGAGUGUGAGCUCUUUAUGUUA